GCCGUUAAAGGUGCCUGCGUGGGCUUCGCGAGGACUCGGGUGCCGAGGGCCCCAGGCCACGUUGAAGUGUGCCUGUUGUCCUUGGUGAGCUGUUCCCCUCAAAGAACCGCCUUGCCAGCCUGUGUGGUUGGUGUAAGCGACUCUGCAAAAGAAGGACGAGGAGGCGUCGGCGGGAUGCUGGAGGUCCUGGUGCUAAAGAUUGAAGAUCCAGGUUGCUUUUGGGUAAUUAUAAAAGGAUGUCGUCAGUUUUUAGAACAAGAAGUCGACUAUCAAAAACUGAACAAUGCCAUGAAUGACUUCUAUAGCAGCAUGUCUCAAGACAUAGAAAUAAAGCCGUUAAUGCUGGAAGAAGGGCAGGUGUGUGUGGUAUACUGUCAGGAGCUGAAGUGCUGGUGCAGGGCUGUGAUUAAGUCAAUCGUCUCUUCCGCAGACCAUUACCUGGCAGAGUGUUUCCUUGUGGAUUUUGCCAAGUGCAUUCCAGUAAAAUCCAAAAACAUCCGAGUUGCAGUAGAAUCCUUUAUGCAGCUUCCUUAUAGAGCAAAAAAGUUCAGACUUUAUUGUACCAAGCCUGUGACAUUGCACAUUGACUUCUGUGAGGACAGCGCUGAGAUUAUACCUGCCACAAAAUGGGACAGUGCAGCCAUCCAGUACUUUCAGAACAUUCUAAGAGAAACUACCCAAGUGGAAGCAAAACUUUGUGCUGUGGAAGAAGAUACCUUUGAGGUUUACCUUUAUGCAACAAUAAAAAAUGAAAAAGUUUGUGUAAAUGAUGAUCUUGUCGCAAAGAACUUUGCUUAUUAUGUGUCACCCACGGGGAAUAAAAACCUCAAUACAUUGGAGAAGCCCAGACCCAGUCUCAAUUCGGUGCCCUGCUCCAGUAAGCUUAGCCCAUCACUUACUCUGUGGCCAAUGCUUUUGCAACGGAAAGACCAUCGUGGAAUGGAAAAUAAAGCUAUAAAAUACAAGGAUUCCUUGAGAGACUCACCUAAAGUUCUGUUUGAGAAGAAGCAGCAAUGCCCCACUUUAAAACACAUGAACGAGUGUAUUGAAUCUUCAGCAUACUGGCCAACAAAAAGAAGCAUAACCAUAUAUGCUGAUCCAGAUAUUCCAGCAGCAAGUGGGUUUAGCCAGAAACCAAAUGAGAAGCUGCUGCGGUUGACGGAGAAGAAAGACUGUGAUGAGAAGAAUGGCUGUGUGAAAUUACUACAGUUUUUAAACCCUGAUCCUUUGAGAGCUGAUGAGAUCUCUGACCUGCAGCAGUUGCAGAAGGUGAAGUUGGGCACACUACAGCCUGGUGUGGUACUCCGGAACAGGAUUGAGCCCUGUCUGACCCUGGAGAAAUCCCCUCUGUCAGCAGACCUGAAGAAGGUGAAUGUAUUGUUAGAGCCAGACUCCUGAAGGAAGCCCAGCCUUUCUGACACAGGAGGCUUGCUUUGUUUUCCUCUGUUCUGUUCUAAGAACGAUGGGCUGGAACCCAGAGUUUCAUGCAUCCUAGGCAUGCAUUUUAUCAAUAUUUCCCAAUCCCAUAGGAAGAUUUUGAAUAAACAGUUCUAAGGCUGCAUUGCAUAAUUCUUGACUCUGAAGUUCUCUUGAAAUCUUUUGUGAUUUAUUUCUCAUGUAUUUGUAAGUCCAGAUUUCUUUUGUAGAAAAGCCUGUUUUGAAAUUGUCAAUCUGUUUCUAAAAUAAGUGUUUUUGGGUUUUUUGAGACAAGGUUUCUCUGUGUAGCCCUGGAUGUCUUGGAACUCGCUUUGUAAACCAGAUGGGCUUUGAACUCAGAGAUCCACCUGCCUUUGCCUCCUGAGUGCUGGGAUUAAAGGUGUGAACCACCACCAUGCCCAGCUUUUCUAAAGUAAGUUUUUAUUUUUUUUUCAUUCAUUCAUUGGUUUUUCGAGGUAUUGCUUCUCUGUGUAACUUUGUGGCCUGUUCUGGAACUUGCUCUGUAGACCAGGUUGGCCUCUAACUCACAAAGAUCUGCCUUCCUCUGCCUUCCAAGUGCUGGGAUUAAAGGUGUGUGCUACCAGCGCCCAGCUGAAGUAAGUUUUCAAAUGGGAGCUUAGAACACAUUGCUAGGUCAGAGUAAUAAUUUUUUUAUCCAUCCUUUGCCAAAUUUUUUUAUAAUCCUUAGAUUUCACUUGGUAAAUCAAUUACAUACACUUAUAUUUCCAUCCUGACUUUUAAAAAGGCUAAGGUUUGGUUUUGAAUAAUAGAAAGCCAAACCUCAAGGAUGGACAGACUGCUGAAAGGUUGUGAGGUCUGGAGCGGGGAAGAGGUUGUACAGGUCUCAGGGAGGUGGGACAGGUGGCAGCGUGGCUGACUAAGGCAGGAAAGGCAGGUGGACAGUGAACAUCCCCAGUCUGCUUCUUGACUGUGCACUACCAGUUUGUAUUGUUCUGAGGGGGAGGGGUGGCUUGAGUCACUUUCUGGAGAGCAUUUCAUGCUACUAUUUGAAACUGCCCCAGUCAGAAUGCCUGCUUGCCACCCUGUCUUCCUGCAGUAGCCUGAUGACAAGAUUUGUCUCAUUGAGCUGCUUGCCGACUUUCAGUCUCUCUUCCGUGUGAACAAACUGGUGAUCAUAGAUAUGUUGAUAAUAAUCCUGCACCUAAAACACCAAAUGCAGUUCAGGGAGAAGAGACUGCCAGAAAGUUCACUUCACUGGGUGCAGUGCUGUGGCUUGCAGUCUAGGGACUGGGCAGGAUGGGACACAGGAGUCCUUGAGCUCAGAACUUUGAAAUCAGCACGAUCAGCACGGUGAGACUUGAUUUCUGGAAAAGAAAACUGCCUCAGAGACAGAAGAAGAUAUUGCCUCCAUUUCACAGUAACAAGGUUUUGUGAUUCUGUUCUUGGAGGUAGGGUUUCCUUUCGAUUGGACCAAGGAUCUUGCUGUAGUUGGCCAUAGUGACAGACACAAAAGGAGAGGAGGAUCACUUGAUUGCUGGAUGCGUCCCCAGGCCUUGUAGGGAACUGAACUGUUGCUCACUCACUAUAUGUUCUCCAGGUCCUCCAGGAGACAUGCAGCUGUUCCUUUGGCCAUAUACAUGCAAAUCUACAAAAAGAGUGAUACUGUAGACAUCAAGGGAAGGGGUACUGUUCAAAAAGGAACACCCCGUGAGUACUAGUGCAGCAAACCAGGAGGCUGCAGGGUCGCUCAGCAUGCUGUUGGUACUGUUUUUUUUUUUUUUUAAAUAUUUAUUUAUUUAUUAUGUAUACAAUAUUCUACCUGUGUGUAUGCCUACAGGCCAGAAGAGGGCACUAGACCUCAUUACAGAUGGUUGUGAGCCACCAUGUGGUUGCUGGGAAUUGAACUCAGGACCUUUGAAAGAGCAGGCAAUGCUCUUACCCUCUGAGCCAUCUCUCCAGCCCUGUUGGUACUGUUGUAAACAAGCACAGUUUACAUGUCAAUAUGUGUCCUGAACAUAUUAAGCAUGCUGGAGAACUGAUUGGUUCUUGAAACAGGUACAGGAAAAUGAAGGGGGAGUGGAAGCCAGCGAGAAAGAAUAUCUGGGUUUGGCUGUGGCUCCAGCCUGCUCCCCCUGCAGAUGUAGCUUGUGAGAGAUAAUAGAAAAGAGCUGAGCUGCUCCAUCCGUUCCUAUGAAUUCAUUGCUUAACGUACAAGAAGUAAAACGCUUAGACUUUAAGGGGGGACUGAUGUCAUCUCAGUACUUGGGAGGUAGAGACAGGAAGAACAAAUUCAUGGACAGCUUGAGUUACAUGAAACUCUCAAAAUACAAAGUUAGAAUGAAAGGAAGAUUCAGAAAAUAAAGAGUGAGAAUAUUUUUGACUGGUAGGUGUGAGGUAUAAAAUGCAGGCGAACUGAAAGAAGGAUGAAAGUAGAAUAAAGUUUAGGGUUUAACUUGGUCCAAUAACUGAAAAUUGGAAUGCAAGAGAAAAGGAAGCAGAAGGAGAUUCUCUGAGGAGUGGCGGUGACAUGACCCUCGUGUAGUCAAAUCGGGCUGGGCUGAAUGAGCAGAGUGGUUAACCAAGUGGCUGUCACUCAGCUGAACUCAGGUACAGAGGUCAUGAGAGCUGUUAAGAAGUGGUCCCACCCAAGGUCAUGUUUCAGAAUGACCUCAGACUUGCACCCAGCAGCUCUAGGGACUUUGGACUUGAGUGUGCAGUCCUUCCAGCCCUAAGACAGGUCUACACAUGUGCUCUCUGUGAGCUAUCCAGGCAGAAAGGUGUUUGCAGGUUUUCAGAGUCUCAUUUUCUUCACCUCAUGUCCAAAAGCUACUCAAGUUUCUCCUCCACAAGACUGUCAAGAAUGAAGAUCACAUGAAGGAGCAAGUUGGCACAUGUGCCUUCAGCUCUGCUGGAAACUCGGGACAUUGGGGAGGAGAAUCGCACAGCACUCAGUGCCUUUUAGAACGUUGUAUUUGGUUGCAGACUUCUGCUGAAACAUUUCAGGUUUUAGUGAUAGGUGAAGAGAUUAAUAUGUCAAUAAAAUCAUGUUUCUUUUCUUUUUAAAUGUUAAGGUAGGUGGGGUGGGUGGCAUGCAUCUGUAAUCCCCGCCCCUGGAAAACUGUGGUAGGAGGGUCAAGAGUUUGGGGCUGGAGAGCUUGUUGCUCUUGCAGAUCGACUUUGGUUUCCAGCAGCCUCUUCUGACCUGCACAGGCACUAUGUGAACAUGCUGCACAAACACUACAUGCAGCCAAAACAAUACACAUGAAAUGAGAAAAGAAAAACAAACGGAGAGUUUGGGACCCGCCUGGCUAUAUAGCAAGACCUUGUCUCAAAAAUCAAAUGAGGAAUAGUUUUUACAAGUGAGGCAGAUGGGCUGGCAGAAUAUGAAGAGAAUAAGGAGACAAAGCCGCCUUCUUGUUGUGUGUGCUUUAGUCCUCCAGUCAGAGGGCUGGCUAUGAGUUCAGAGAACCAGUAGUCUGAACACAGGAAGUCAGUGCUUGGGAGAAAUUCACGCAGAACCUAAAGUAGGUCUUUGGAGCACAGCAGGAUAAGCCCCAUAAGCUGUGUACUAUGUCCUGGGGGGAGGGGGCUGUGAGAUGGAGGGAUUUCUUUGCUGUCAUUCAUCUUUCUCUUCCCCGUUCCCCACCGUUUUCUGUGUAGGCUCUUCAAAGAAACAAGUUCCCGGGACCCAGCCACACUGCAUCUUACUCUUGGCCUCCUAUUGCACGUGGCUGUGACGUGGUGGUCAUUUCUCACUGUGGAAAUGACCCUUUA